UCCUGUCCCACAGGCGCCCCGGCAGUCCAAGCCCCCUGACUAUCGAUUCCAGAUGGCGGCUGAGGCUAUGCCCACGCCGCCAGCCACCAUCUGCGCCUCACCUCCAAUAAUAGCACGACGUGAGGCAUUGAGUCCAUGGCGUCGGAUCUUCCCUAAGCUCGAAACAUCCAAACCAUCCACCACGACAAAAUCCACAGUCGAUGACGAUUCCCCAUUCGCUCGCACCAUCCACGCCGCACUCCCGCGAGUCCGCCGUCGGUAUUCCAUAGUCCACCGUCCAUUUCACAGACCCACGAAUUGCCACGGCCCUGCAGGGCUGUCCUGUCAGAACCAGGGGACUAGCACCCACGCACGAGCCGCCUGUUCUCCUGUUCCCAGCGUUCCCAUUGUCCCAAUUCACUCCUAAACCUGCUACCUACACGCUACACGCUGCACGCUUCACACCCACCGUCACCACCUCCACCGCCAUCAUGGCCGCCGCCGACAAGCCCCCGGUCUUCAACUAUGUCUUGAGCUUCAUCCUCGUCGGCCUUGCGUGGGGCUUCACCACCCCCUUCAUCCGCCGGGCCGCCCGGUCUCACAACCCGCCCGCGCACCCGCUCCUCGAUAGUCCCGCCGUCAAAGCCAGCUGGCUCCGGUCCAAAGUCUACGGCGCCCUGUUCGCCGUCGUUGACCUGCUGAGGAACCCACGAUACGCUAUCCCUCUAGUCUUGAAUCUUUCCGGCAGCAUCUGGUUCUUCCUGCUCAUUGGGCAGGCCGAACUGAGUUUGACGGUGCCCAUUGUCAACACCAUGGCUUUUCUAUUCACCGUCCUCGGCGAGUGGUUCGUCGAGGGUAAGGUCAUCAGCAGAGACACCGGCAUUGGUAUGGGCCUGAUGUUGGCUGGUAUUGCCUUGUGCGUCCAGAGUAAGGCUUGAUAGUGUUAGUUUACCACAUCCAUGUAGCACAAUAGAUGAUAUGCAUCAACCCCGA